GCGGCGGCGGCGAGGGUGCGCAGCCGGCGAGCUGGCGCGCGCGCGCGCGCGUCCGGGCCCAUGGGUCUCCAUGGCGACGGCGGACGCUCGGCAGCCCGAGCGGGGCCGUGGCGCUCCGGGGGCCUCCGCGGCAGCGUGGCCGUGUUCGCCGCCGUGGCUGCCGGGUUCACCCUGACGCUGCCCCGCUCGCUGCCGGGGGGAGACUCGGGGGAACUGAUCACAGCUGCACAUGAGCUUGGAGUUGCCCAUCCUCCUGGCUAUCCUCUGUUCACACUGGCGGCUCGCCUGGCAAUCACUCUCUUCCCAUUUGGUUCCGUGGCCUACCGCGUCAACCUUCUCUGUGGCUUGUUUGGAGCCGUAGCUGCUUCACUCCUUUUCUUCACCGUUUUCAGGCUUUCUGGCUCACAUGCUGGAGGAAUCCUUGCUGCGGGGGUGUUUUCAUUUUCUCGUCUAACAUGGCAGUGGUCCAUUGCAGCCGAGGUUUUUAGCUUAAACAAUCUGUUUGUGGGGCUGCUCAUGGCGCUUACUGUGCGUUUUGAGGAGGCAGCAGCCGCAAAGGAGAGAUCAAAGAUAGCAGUCAUUGGUGCUUUCUCCUGUGGCCUUAGCCUGUGUAAUCAGCACACAAUAGUACUCUAUGUUUUAUGCAUUAUACCCUGGAUUCUCUUCCGACUUCUGAAAGAGAAGGAACUCACCUUCAGCUUUCUGUUGAAGCUCACUCUGGCUUUCUCGGCUGGCCUGCUGCCCUACGUCUACCUGCCUGUGUCAUCCUACCUUAGCCACGCCCGCUGGACCUGGGGAGACCAGACGACAUUGAGAGGGUUCCUGACACAUUUUCUCCGGGAAGAAUAUGGAACAUUCAGCCUGGCCAAAUCUGAAAUAGGAUCCAGUAUGUCCACAAUACUGCUUUCACAAAUAAUAAAUAUGAAGACUGAACUUUCAUUUAACAUCCAAGCUCUUGCAGUUUGGGCAAAUAUAUGUUUAGCUAGAAAGGACAGACGGCAGUCUUCCUUAGUGUGGCUUUUCACUGGGAUGCUUUGUGUUUAUUCGCUAUUCUUUGCUUGGAGAGCAAAUUUAGAUCUUUCAAAACCACUUUUCAUGGGUGUGGUGGAACGAUUCUGGAUGCAGAGCAAUGCGGUCGUGUCUGUUCUCGCUGGCCUCGGUCUGGCCACACUUGUGUCGGAGACUAACCGAGUGCUGAACUGCAAUGGGACUCAGUAUCUGGAGUGGCUGUCAGCAACUCUUUUUGUAGCUUAUCAAAUAUACUCAAAUUACAGCAUUUGUGACCAAAGAACCAAUAAUGUGAUCGAUCAGUUUGCACGAAACCUUCUGGACUCCAUGCCUCGGGAUGCCAUCAUCUUACUCAGGGGAGACUUGCCAGGGAAUUCUCUCCGUUACUUGCAUUACUGUGAGGGGCUGAGGCCAGAUGUUUCCCUAGUGGAUCAAGAAAUGAUGACUUAUGAGUGGUAUUUACCCAAGAUGGCAAGACAUCUACCAGGAGUGCACUUUCCUGGGGACCGGUGGAACCCUGUGGAAGGAAUAUUACCUAAUGGGAUGGUCACAUUCAAUCUUUAUCACUUUCUGGAAAUGAAUAAACAAAAAGAAACAUUUGUCUGCAUAGGAAUUCAUGAAGGUGACCCAACGUGGAAGAAGGACUAUUCACUUUGGCCAUGGGGAUCUUGUGACAAGUUGGUUCCUUCAAGGAUUGUAUUCAAACCAGAAGAGUGGAUUAAAAGCACCAGAAGUAUCUAUAACUGGACUGAGGAAUAUGGAAGGUUUGAUCCAUCUUCUUGGGAGUCGGUGGCCAAUGAGGAGAUGUGGCAAGCAAGGAUGAAAACACCGUUCUUCAUCUUUAACCUGGCGGAGACGGCCAAGGUGCCUCCAGACGUGAAAGCCCAACUCUACACUCAUGCAUAUAAACUUUAUAAGGAGAUAGUGUACUUGCAAGAGGAACACCCAGAGAAUUGGCACAAGAACUACGCCAUCGCCUGCGAGCGGGUGCUGCGCCUCCCAGGCACAGACGCAGAGCCUGAAGUCCUGCUGUCUGAGGCUAUCAGACACUUCCACCUCUACACUCAGAAAGCACAGACUGACCCACAGCGAGCAGACAUUAUAGCCGCCCUCAAGCACCUCAGAAGAGAACUGCAGAGUCUAAGAAACACAAAAAAGGUCUGAGCCAGCAAACGAUAGCAGCCUGCUCCCUGUUCUGCUUCCGGAGUUGAAGGUCUAAGUCCAAAAACUUUCCUUCAAGGAAAGAAGCUGUGUCAAAAACGUAGAAAUCUCAGUUAUCUCCUGGAUAUAAGUAAUGUGUACAACAGAAACACGUUAAUGGCUAAAGUGUACGCCUUAUGCAAAAUUGUGUUUAUCUCAUGUUGUCAAAUUAGCAUUUCCUUGAGAAGCGUUCAGAAACACCCGCAGUCUUCAUAUACCAGCUGUAGGUUCUAGAAGAGAAGUAGCUGUCUCCACAGACCUAAAACAUUUCUGAGUCUUUUGUGGUCUGUGAUUAUUGGGAUCCAUUUACAAAGAUAUUCUUAAAAUACUUGUUCCAGACCAAAGACAUUUUCCAUUUCCUGCAAGUGUGAUGGUCUCUAAAAACAAUUCUCGUUAUACCUCAUUAGAAUUCCUUUUUUCUCUAGUUAACUAUAAUUAUUAGAGUCUGAAACUUUAUACUUUAUACCAAGUAUGGAUUUUUAAAAAAAACUUUUGAGUUUUAUCAUCUUCAUUCUGCAGUCACUGAAAAGGAAAGCUAAUUUCAUGUUUGCUUAUUUCAGUUGCAGAAAUAGGCAAAUUAAACAGCGUGUAACGUGUCCUUAAUUAAUUUCAUAUUUAUGUUUUACUGCUAUUUGGAUUCACAGAUCUAGACCCAAUAAUUAGUAGGUAGCCGGCUGCCCAGAUGCACAAAGCGGGGUGGGCAAGAGGGGGGGGAAGUUGUUGAAUAAAUUCAUUUUUGUUACAGGCAUCUUUUAUACAUAUUACUAAAGGGACGUAGUAAGAAACGCAAAUAAUAAUAGUUCUUUAUUUUAUUAUGACAGUUAAUUAAUAGCAACCUGUUUUAAUGAAUAAAGUCACUCAGAGUCCUUCAGCACUUCCUAAGUAGAGGCCAGAAUCUGUAGGGAUUCUUUCCCCCGAUUGUAUAGCUCCUAGACUCCAAGCACUAUAUAGGCCCCUGUAUAGAAAUGCUCCCUAAUGAAGAGGGAGGGCUAGAAGCUGGUCUGCAUUCAAAGAUCACUGGUGAGUCAUUCAGCAAGCAAAGGCCCCUUACCAGGAAUAGUCACAGUUCCGUGGCAUUGUACUAGCAAAAGGGUCUGAUCAAAGGUCUCCCGUGGAGCUUGUAUGGUUCCCUUUCAUACCACGACCAUAAUUAAAACCACUAAUUCUCUUUUAAAAUGCUGCAGGAUGCCAUGUAGGCAUCUGUCUGGAGUGUCCUUUGUGAUGUCAUAAGCUGUUAAGGACCAGUGCCGAGGGCUUUUGAGUGAAAUGCCAGUCAUGAAGGUGCUUCAAGACAAGGGUGCCUCUAAAAGCUUGACAGGGCCUUGACUGCACAAUUCGAGCUGAAUUUGCCCCUUGUCAGCUGCCAGUAAAUAAAUCUCAAAGGGGGAAAAGCUGAAGUUUCAUUACCUGAUCCAUGGGGCUUUGUUGGUUUUGGCAUCACACAGGGGAAGCUCUUGCCCCUCCAUUCUCUGGGUUUGAAGAUGUCCAUUGGAGCCUGCAGUGCCUGGACAGGGUUCAGAGCGGGGCCUUUUGAAGAGUGUCAAUAGUUGUAACAGUUCAGCUGUUAGGAAGACAAAUACAUGGAGGAGCUCAUUAAUCCGCUUUUGGCUCUCGGUGCCUUUUGCCCUUUCAUCGAAGCCUUAUUAGGCUCCUGCUCAUCUUGAACCAGAAAAGCUGAAUUGAAGUUGUUGAGGACUAAUUGGCAGAGACUUUAAUCAUGGGCCAAGAACUUUCACUGACUUGAAAGUAACUUCUCCACAGGGAAGAGCCAGAAACCUGGUUUACCUUAAAACAAAAACCUGUUGGAGCUCAGUGUGGUGUGAAAAUUGAAGGAAGCAUCGAUAAAUUGUCUAAGUCUAUCCACUCGAAAAAAUUAUGUAAGAUUAUGAUUUUCACUUUUCUGGGAGACAACAAAAUUCAAACAUUUCUUACAAGUUUUUAUUAAUUCAUUAAAAAUUUUGUGAAAGUAUGUGGUGACCAAGUUUGUUUCUGAACAUCCGGCUCCACGUGGGAUGGCUCACCUGAGACUCUACAUGUGCAUGCAGUACAUUCAGACCCUCAUUAAAAGGAGCGCUUUCUGUCAGUGGCUUUACGAGUGAAGAAAGGCCUCUGUAAGAGCACCUGCCUUUUAAAUGUGUGUCAGCAUGUAGGCCUGCCAGCUUCUGAGUGAGUUUCAGGCAGCAUGUGUGUUAUUUGGUAUUUGUGCAGCAGUGACUUCAGACCACUGUCUUUGACAAACCAAUAAUAUGUAGCCUGUGACACAGAAAGUCACAACUCCUUAAAUUUCUUAAAAACCAUUGGGAAAUGAAAAAAUGAGGAGCUAAGAUUUAAGGUUGGUUAGUUUGGUUGGCCUUCAUCCCCCAUCAGUGGCUUCCAAGAAUCCUCUCCUUUCUCCUGAGAGAAGCUGACGUUGCUUUUCCUUGCUUCUCUUACUUUCCCUGGGCUAGAGCCUAACAUCAUAAAAUUAGACACAGGGCUCCUCUAGUCCAGUACUGAGGAGGUGUGGAGGAGAUGGCUUCUCAUGCAGGAUUUGGCCAGCGUCCCCCUCACAGUGUCCCUGGAGUGCUGUGGCUUGGCAGGUUGACAGGAACCCCACAAAGCCAACUUCUGCCUGGAGUUUAGCCUGAGGAGCAAGUGGGAGCCGGCGGAACUGUCUGUCUCCACACUGCAGUGCCCUGCUGCCUGAGCCUGAGGCCAGCCCACACCAGAGGGUCCAGGACGAGGCAUCCUAGCUUCCAUGUCGGCUAGCAGAGCAGCGAGCGUGGCUUCCAUGUCGACUAGCAGAGCAGCGAGCGUGGCUUCCAUGUCGGCUAGCAGAGCAGCGAACGAGUCCCACUUUCACCCUUCUCUGUCCUUUGCUGGGAGUGUGCACAGUUCCUAGGGUUGAUUUCCCUAAAAGGACCUUUACUGUGUAUGGUUCUGUUACUCAAAGUGUAGCCAAAAUAAAAUUGUCACUAAUGUAUUACUUUGAAAGCA